GUUGCCUCCUUUAAGCUUCUUCAGCAGCUCUCAUCUGGUGCUAGCUUGGACAGUGGUAUUAUUCUUGGACGGACUGAACAAGUCUUGGGCUGCUAGGUGUCUCGUCUUCCAGCGGCUCCAUAAUCACUAUCCAUGCCUAGAGUACCCUCUGUUUCGCCGGCGACCGGUAUCCCUACACCCUCUCACUUCAUUCAUACCCUUGACAGUCACUUCGUCGACAAUGCCGGGAGAUCGAUCCUGCUGCGAGGCGUGAAUCUCUCAGGUGCAGAUAAAGCCCCGGUGGACUGCCCAUCGUAUAUCCUCAACGGUUUCUGGGAAUCCGGAGAGAGCGGCGAUUAUGACUUCGUCGGCAGGCCGCUCAACCUCGAGGACGGCUCUGCCGACGUGCACCUGGCGCGGCUCAGAGGAUGGGGGUUCAAUAUGCUGAGAUAUGUCGUUACCUGGGAGGCAUUGGAGCAUGCUGGACCCGGAAAGUAUGACUAUGAGUUCAUGGACUACACCGUCCGCGUCCUGCGGAAAUGCAAAGACUAUGGGUUCAAAGUGUACAUGGAUCCUCAUCAAGACAUUUGGUCGCGCUUCUCCGGAGGGUCUGGCGCACCCUUCUGGACACUUCCUGCGUGCGGGAUCAACCCUCGACAUUUCACUGCAACACAGGCAGCUGUCAUUCACGCUGAAUAUCCCAGCCCUGCAGCCCCCAAGCCCGUCGAAUUGCCAGCCAUGAUAUGGAGCACGAACUACGGGCGUCUUGCUUCGCAGACGCUCUUCACGCUGUUCUUUGCCGGCAGACAAUACGCGCCCAAGUGCAUAAUUGACGGACAAAACAUACAGGACUACCUGCAGUCGCACUAUAUCGCGGCGUUCGGUGCGCUGGCCGAUCGGGUUCGCGAUGCGGGCGACCUCCUUGACGAAUGUGUGAUUGGCUGGGACAGUAUGAACGAGCCGUAUGAAGGCUUCUGCGGGUACGAUGAUCUGAAUACCGUACCGAAGAAGCAGGGGUCGACGCUCAAGAAGGGCACAUUCCCUACGCCCGCACAGUCCCUUCGAUUGGGCAUGGGUCAGGCGCAGACGGUGGAGAAGUGGAAGUUCGGCAGCAUGGGUCCUUCGCGUGACGGCUCGGAGACCAUCGACCCUCAAGGCGUCACAGUCUGGAUGAACCCGGAGAGCGAACCAGAUGGCGUGCACCCUCACUGGGGCUGGCGGCGGGACCCGCAGUGGCAACUGGGUACUUGUAUAUGGGCUCUCCAUGGAGUAUGGGACGUCGAGUCCGGGGAGGUCCUCCAGCCGGACUACUUCAGCACCCCGGACAGUGACCGCAUCCCGCACUUCAUACAAACGCAUUGGCUCGAGCACUGGCAAGCAUUCUCCGCGCGCAUUCGACAAUCACAUCCGGAAGCGAUCAUGUUCGUAGCCCCUCCCGUCUUCGCACUGCCACCGACCAUCGCCGACGACCAGCUCAAUGGGCGCUGCUGCUACUCCGCGCACUACUACGACGGACUCACGCUCGUAAGCAGACAUUGGAAUUGGUUUAACGCCGACGCGCUGGGGCUCCUCAGAGGGAAGUACUCCUCCACGCUACCCGCCGUCCGGAUCGGCGAGAGUGCCAUCCGCAAGUGCAUCCAGGAGCAGCUCGGCAUGCUCAAGGACGACGCGCCCAUCCUUGGCCCGUACCCGACGAUCAUCGGCGAGAUCGGCAUCCCGUACGACAUGGACGGCAAGAAGGCGUACGGCUACACUGACGACGGCAAGUACAAGGGCGACUACUCGAGCCAGCAGAAGGCCCUCGACGCGAGCCUGAACGCCGCGGACGGGCCGAACGCGCUGAACUACACCAUCUGGAAUUACUGCCCGGACAACUCGCACAUGUGGGGCGACGGCUGGGAUAUGGAGGACCUGAGCGUGUGGAGCCCGGAUGACCUCCGCUCGCGCGACGGCCCGAAAAUGGAGCUGAGCGAUGCGUCGUCGGCGGUCCUACUGCAAAAGGGCCCGAGCGUAAUGACUCGCAGCGCCGCGGCGUCGUCGUUGUCGUUGACCACAUUGGCCGCUGGCUCGGAGGACGAGACUUUGCGAGUCAGCUAUGACCCGGUGUCUUUCUCCCGAUGGGAGAACGCCUUCGACUUUCUGACUGAUGGUGCAAGGGCCGUCAAGGCGUUCUGCCGUCCGUAUCCUGUCGCCAUAAUCGGUCUGCCGAAAGACAUUCAAUUCGACAUCGCGAAGGCGGAGUUCAAGCUGACCGUGCGCGUCCGGCCAGAGGAUGCUCCCUCACCAGAGCGGCUGGGCAACCGGUCGGAGGAAUUGGCUACCGAGAUCUACGUCCCUCUGGUACACUACGCCAGCGACAAGCUUGUGUCCCGAUUUGCAGAGCAGACAUGCGACACGCCGACGACGCUGACUAGCGACGACGCCUUAUCCAAGGAGCCGACUCCGUUUGCGUCUCGUAACGUGUCGACGGCGGAUCUCCUCACACAAGGCCCGUCGACGGCUACGUAUGACCGGCUGUUCUCCCCCGCAGCUGUGUCUUUGGCGCUCUCCGUUGACGUAUCUGCGGGUCGUUGGGAUGUUGACGGUCAGACACUGCGAUGGUGGUACCCUGUACCGGGCGAAGGUGAAGCAGAGCGCGAGUACACCAUCACCGUUCGGCGGGAUGGUGGUACUAUCAAGACUGCUGAGGAGGUGCAGAGUACUCACAGUGUGUGGGAUGACUGCUGCGAUUUCUUGAAGAAGUGUUGCGUGCUCAUGUGAAGUCCUUUAUACCUUGUUGUUGCUCUGCUCAUGUCUGCGUUGGAUUUGGAUUUGGAUUGUGUUUCACAUUGUACCAUCGUUGAUAGCUUGUAACACACACGGACUGCUUUGUUUAGUGUUCCGUAGCGCGGACGAUAUGGGCUCAUUAACAGAGGCAGUGAUUGUCACGCCAUGCAUGGAAGCUUACUGUACGGCCACCGUUCAUGCGGGCUCCCUGAUCCCAAGUCUAGCGACAAACUUUCAAUGAUCAGGCGACAGCUCCGACCUCCGCC